AUGGGCUUUGGUGGAGGUGAUAGUCAAGCGAGGCUGGGUCCCACACCUCGCGAUAAUUUGCCAGAUGAUGCUAUGGCCUAUUAUGGGCUUCCCAUCAGCCGUCCCAUAGUGGCUCUUCGGCAGGUGCCCGAUGAUUUUAGCAGUUGGGGACCAAGGAGGAAAGUGGGCUUCUGGCCUACCAUCAUUCCUGAGGAAAUUGUUUGCAAUGGCCUCCUCCAUCGUCGACAACGCCACCACCGCCGCCGCCAUCGUCCUCCAGCAGGCCCCACCACCAAGAGGAAGACAAGAACCGAAAUUGAAUUGCCCAGCAGCAACAAGAAGCCCUCGCAACCCGACCCGCGUUGGGAAUGCCCGCGUCCGGCCUCGAACGAUGACUCAACCUCUGAGUGGCCAGUGACUUCAGCCAAGCUCAAUUUGGCUCCGGCGUCGGCGGAAGAGCAGCUAAGGCACCACGCGCUUCGGCUACACAACCGGGCCUUGGAGGCCUGCGGCGGAUUCUUUAAGGGCAAUGCCGGGUCGGGUAGUGGGUCCGAGAGUGAGGAGGAAGAAGAGGAUUGCAAGGUUGGAGAUAAGGAGAAUGAGGAGUACAAGUUUUUGUUGAAUUUGUUUGUGGAGGAGAGUGGGUUGAGGAGUUAUUACGAGGGGAAUUGGGAUGGUGGUGAGUUCCAUUGCUUGGUGUGUGGUGGGUUGGGGAAGACGAAGAAGAUCAAGGGUUGUGUCGGGCUUGUUCACCACGCGGUUUCGAUAAGCAAGACGAAGAAGAAGAGAGCUCAUAGGGCUUUUGCUCAGGUUGUGUGUAGGGUUUUAGGGUGGGAUUUUGACCGGCUGCCCAUUGUUGUGCUCAAAGGCGAAAGGCUCAGUUUUUAUUUGGCAAAACCGGGCGAUGAACGGGGUGAGAGUGAGGUAAAUGCUGGUGCUAGUGAGGCUGUUUCGGGUGCUGUUAAAGACAAUGUGGGAGAUGAAAAGGAUGGUAAUGCCGAGUCAGGUGAAAAGGAAGCAUCUAAUGGAGACCUAAUGAUUUGUCAGAAAUCUUUGAAAGAUGAUGAUGCAAAUCAAUGCAAAGAAACCCUUAAUAAGGGGAUAUCAGAAAUCAAAGAAGAGAAAGAAGAGGCAAUGGAUACGCGGAGUGAGCCUGAGUUAAAUGUUGACCAGUUGGAUAGUGCACUGAAAGACAAUGUGGCAGCUGAAACUGAUGCUCCUGCUGAAUAUAGUGAAAAGGAGGCAUUUGAUGAUCAUCAGUGCAAUGGUAAAGAACCAAUCAUCUGUCAGAGCUCUUUGAAAGAUGACUGUACAGAUAAAAGCAUAGAAAGCCUUGAUGAGGGAAAGACAGUAUUAAUGAAGGAAGCAAUUGGAGAAGAAGCAAAGGAUGCAUUGGUUUCAAUUUCGAAGACAUGCAAGCUUUUGAAGUCAAUCUCAAGGUUGAAAGCUUUUGAAAUAUUGUUAUUUGUUUUCGUCUGA